AUGUUGACCUAUUUGGAUAUUCACUUGACGUAUACUCUGCCAGUUGUUGUUAUUUUGGCAUUAAUAACAUGUCGAUCAAUAGAUAAAUUGGAACUAUUGAAAAUAAUACUUAUUAGUAUUAUUGCUGUUAUAUAUACAACACCAUGGGAUACAUAUGUUAUUUAUAAUGGAGCAUGGACAUAUCCACCUGAUAGAGUGUUGGCUCUUAUUGGCUGGGUUCCAAUUGAAGAAUAUAUGUUUUUUGUUAUACAGUGUAUCAUGACCAUACUCUGGUCAUUAUUGUGUACAAGAUUAACAACACCUGGUUUUAAUUUUAAUUACAGUAAAAAAAGUUAUCAGCUAAUUAGAUGGAUACCAAUAUUAUUGAUGGGCAUCAUCACAAUCAUUGGAUACAAACUUGCUGUACCAGGUCAACAUACAUUUUAUCUUGGAUGUAUAUUAUGGUGGUCAUGUCCAGUACUUGCUUUUAUGUGGUAUGGUGCUGGUAAUUUUUUUGUUAAAAAAAUUUCAUCAUCAUUAAUUGGUAUUAUUGUUCCAACUUUGUAUUUAUGGCGUGUUGAUCAAAUUGGAUUGAAAGAUAAUAUUUGGCAUAUUACCGAAGCAACAAGUUUAAAUAUAUUUGUCAUUGAUGCACUACCCAUUGAAGAGGCAUUAUUUUUUUUUGUAACAAAUACAAUAAUUGUCUUGGCGUCAACGUGUUGUGAUAAAGCUCGUGAUAUGAUGAUUGUAUAUGAAAAACAAUUUCCACAUAAGUUUAGUAUUAGCUGGAACUUUAUUCGACAAAUGUUAAUAGCAUUUGCAACAUCAGAGUAUAUUAUGUCUUCGGUUACAACAAAAAAUUUAGUAAAAAAAAAUGAUUAA